AUGAUUUAUUAUUUUAGACAAAAAGAAGACAAUAUUCGUUGCUUAACUACACUUGGCCAUUUUGGUUUUGAAUGUUUUCCCUAUCAGUUGGUGAACAGAUCUAUCCAACAAGGAUUUGCUUUUAAUAUUCUCUGUGUAGGGGAAACUGGAAUUGGAAAAUCAACACUGAUUGACACAUUGUUUAAUACUAACUUGAAAGAUAAUAAAUCCUCACAUUUUUACUCAAAUGUUGGACUUAAAAUUCAGACAUAUGAACUUCAGGAAAGCAAUGUUCAAUUGAAAUUGACUGUUGUGAAAACAGUGGGGUAUGGUGAUCAAUUAAACAAAGAAACCAGCUACCAACCAAUAAUUGACUACAUAGAUGCUCAACUUGAGGCAUAUCUUCAAGAAGAACUGAAGAUUAAACGCUCAUUUUUUGAUUACCAUGAUUCUCGAGUCCAUGUGUGCCUUUACUUCAUUUCACCUACAGGACAUUCUCUGAAGUCCCUUGACCUAUUAACAAUGAAGAACAUUGACAGCAGGGUGAACAUUAUACCACUGAUUGCCAAAGCAGAUACAAUUUCUAAAAAUGAUUUACAGAAGUUUAAGAGUAAGAUCAUGAAUGAAUUGAUUAGCAAUGGCAUCCAGAUAUAUCAAUUUCCAACAGAUGAUGAAACUACUGCUCAAGUGAACUCAUCAAUGAAUGGACUGUUACCCUUUGCUGUAGUAGGGAGUAUGGAUGAAGUGAAAGUUGGAAAAAGAAUGGUGAGAGGCCGUCACUACCCUUGGGGAGUUUUGCAAGUGGAAAACGAAAAUCACUGUGACUUUGUUAAGCUCCGGGAUAUGCUUCUUUGUACCAAUAUGGAAAACCUGAAAGAACAAACCCACACUCAGCACUAUGAAUGUUAUAGGUGUUGCAGACUGCAGAAAAUGGGCUUUACAGAUGUGGGCCCAGACAACCAGCCAGUUAGUUUUCAAGAAAUCUAUGAAGCCAAAAGACAAGAGUUCUAUGAUCAAUGUCAGAGGCAAGAAGAAGAGUUGAAACAGAGAUUUAUGCAGCUAGUAAAAGAGAAAGAAACAACACUUAAGGAAGCUGAAAAAGAGUUACAGGACAAGUUUGAACACCUGAAAAGGGUCCAACAAGAGGAGAUAAUGAAGCUUGAAGAAGAGAGAAGACAAUUGGAAGAAGAAAUAAUAGAUUUUUAUAAAAUGAAGGCUUCCUCUGAAACAUUGCAGACUCAGGUGUGCACCAACACAAAGAAAGACAAAGAUCGCAAGAAAUAG